AUGGAUCAGGAUAUGGACGUGAUGCUUUCGGGAGCAGCAAGGGCACCAGUCCUCGCUUCAACCUCGAGCUUCCACCGUGCUAAGGAACCUUUCCAUGUACAGGUGAUCCCACCUAACGCCAACGCCAAUGCCUCGCCGGCCUACGUGACACACCUUCUCUCGUUGUCUACUUCCUAUGGCGUUCCCACACUUCUCGCUGUUGCGGAUGACAGCACGCUCACAUUGAUCGACAAGACUUCUGGUGUCGUAGCCGAGUCUCACCGCGCAUUUAAAGACGCCCGCAUCACCCAGGCUAAAACUCUCCCUUCCGCUUCAGGCACCUUCGUAGCAUCUGUCUCGAACGGCACCGUCGCAUGCUGGGACACAAGGUCCGGACUCAAAAGACCAGUGUGGACACUUCAGGGCACAAGUAAAGCUCCAUAUUUGUGCGUCGAAAUAUCGCCGAGCGAUGCAAACACAGUGGUAGCGGGCACAGAACAGUACGGCCACGGUGAUUCCGACAUUGACAUCUGGGAUGUUCGCUCCGCUGCCGCACCACAAAGCAAGUACAACGAAGUACAUAGCGACGACGUGACCGUCUUGCAAUACCACCCUGACUCUGCAGCACACGGAGGUAUCCUCUUGAGUGGCUCAACUGACGGUCUCGUUUCGGCAAUCGACACUACGAUCCCUGAAGAAGACGAUGCCGUGAUCUCGGUUGGUAACACUGGCAACUCGGUCGCUCGUGCUGGUUGGUUCUAUUCCUCCUCUUCAUCUUCGUCCUCCACCUCCUCCGCGGCGGUGGAUACCAACAUGGACAGCACCGAAGAAGCAGACCUUAGCCAAGUCGAAACAGAAGCCCGUCGUCGAGCCCUCGGCAAAGUCUGGGCCAUUGGAGACAUGCAAACGCUCUCCCUCUUUGAUGCAGAUAAGUUCGAUCCCAUCCUACCAACCACCGACGUCCGAUCCUCUUCCUCCCUCCGACCACCUUGGUCCACAGACUAUGUCAUCGAUGCGUUCACACAUCUCCCCUCCUUUCCUAAUCCUCCCUCCUCCUCCGAAGAACACCUUACAUUGUUCGUUGGCAAAUCUGAGGGAGCCUUCGCGACAAUUUCUAUCCCCACUUCAGCACCUACACCAACUUCAAGUUGGGGCUUGAGAGCGGUAUUCCCGGAACAGGGUGAUGGUACAUUCUAUGGUCAUGCUGACAUCGUAAGGUCUGUAGACUGGGAUGCGGCGACAAAUACGUUGUACACUGGUGGAGAGGAUGGGAACUUAUGUUUUUGGCAGUUUGAAGCGGGUGCUGGUGGCGAGGUAGUGGGGCAAGGGUCAAUUGCCUUGAACUCUUUGCCUGCGGGAGCAGCGGCGGGAGGCGGUGGAGGAGGAGGGUACGAUAGUCAGAGUUCGAGUCGAAGCGCGUCGAGGAAUGCUACUCUUGGCAGCAGGACAGCUAGGUACACACCAUACAAGUAA